AUGUCCCAGCAGACCAUUGCACAGGAUGCCCCCUCCACCGCCCAAGAGUCCGGACACGCCGCCGCCCAUCCCCCCCGCACCACCGAACUCGCCAGUCUUAAGAUAAGACUUCGAGCUGCUCUUCGUCAAUUCCCCGACUUCCCCGAACCAGGCAUUCUUUUCGAAGAUAUCCUGCCCCUCUUCGCCGACGUAACCCUUCACGAAGCCCUCAUCCGAUCUCUUGAGCUGCACAUCCUCGAGACAUACCAUGAGAAGCCAGAUGUCAUUGUCGGCUUGGAUGCCCGCGGGUUCUUGUUUGGACCCAGUCUUGCGUUGAGGCUGGGCGCUGGCUUCGUUCCGGUGCGCAAGCGAGGCAAGUUGCCUGGCCCCUGUGUGACCGAAUCGUUCCAGAAGGAGUAUGGCCAGGACUUUUUCCAGAUGCAGGCGGAUGCGGUGAAGAAGGGCCAGAAAGUUUUGGUUGUUGAUGAUAUUAUUGCAACGGGAGGCUCUGCCGCUGCAGCCGGCAAUCUCGUCACCAAGCUUGGAGGAACCCUUCUCGGAUUCGUCUUCAUUCUCGAACUCGAUUUUCUCAAGGGAAGAGACAAACUCCCCGCUCCUGUCUUCACUCUGCUCCACGGACAGGAAGGAAAGCCCUAA